AUGGGAACUUUGACAGAUAUCAUAUAUUUUUUGAAGAAUGAUUGGAAAAUAGUGCUGGUCUUUGUAGUCAUCCUUCUGGCAUUUUUCGGAAGUCUCUUCCUCAUAAUGGCACUCAUGGCCUGGCUAAUCACCUGGUAUGGUUCCUUCCUGGUAACAUUUGUAGUUUUCUUUCUAGUUGGGAGGAAAAUAGCAAAAUUUAUGCUCUUCCCUGGGCACUGUAGCUUCUUUAAAAGAAGCGUUGAGUUUGCACAAUGCAAAAAGAUGUGACAUCAAGUUAUCGAGCAAGUACUUGAGCAGAGAGACACUCUUGAUGCCGUAAUCGAAGAGAUGGAUAACCAGACUUGAGCCUCAGAACUUAUUGAGGUUAAUUAUAACACAUGAGAGAUGAUCAAAUCAAUUGAAUAUACUCUGUCUUGACAGAGAGAAGUAGGAACAAUUACUGAUGACCAAGAAAACCUUCAAGAUAAAAUUGAAAUUCUUAAAGGGUCUUUCAAUAGUAUCAUUACUUAUUUUGGAGAUCGGAGGAUUACUUUGUGGGAGCUUGGUGACUCUUAUGAUCAAAGAAACGAAUCAUUUCUUCAAAAUGAGUUUAAAUUUGAAAGUACAGACAUAGUUCAAAGAUGUAUCCGUACUUGAACAGAUUUUUGCAAUUCCUUCCAAGAACUUGUACCUUUCUGUGAAACUGGGGAACCUGCUAAGAUUUCAAAUCUAAUGCGUGCAAGAACUUUCUUAUCAAACACAACAUUUGGGAGUAUCGACCACUUGAGAAUAGAAAUGGAGAAUACAUUAUAAAAAGCACUCACAUAGUUCUGAAUACUGAUGACGGGAAGAAGAUUGACUGAAUGUUUAUACCAGGGAUCACUGAGAAUCCAGAUCAUUCAGGGGAAGAGAUUCAUUUCCUUCCAACUAUGAUUUACUGAAACCCUAACGCCAUGCUUUAUGAAUACUUUCAAUAUGAUGACGAAUGGGUAGAGUUUUACAGACAUCUGGGAAUAAACCUAUUUCUAUGGAAUUACAGAAGUUUUGGCAGAUCCACUGGAAGUCCUUCAACAAAGAAAAUUUAUGAAGAUGCAGAGCUCAUCGUAGAGUACCUAAGAAACGAAAGAGGCACGACACAGAAGCUUGGAGUCCAUGGGCAGUCCUUGGGAGGUCCAGUAGCUGCAUAUCUAGGCAGAAAUUGCAAUAUGGAUUUCCUCUUUGUUGAUCGAAGCUUCAGUGAAAUUGAUAGAGUGGUCGAGACAUCUUAUGGAAAAUUUCUGAAACAUUGCCUUAAAUUUUUCUCUUUGUAUUCAUGGAAAUUUGAAUCGACUAUGAAUUAUAUUUAUUCGAAUACCUACAAAGUAGUUUCUUGUGAUCCGAAUGAUGAAGUCAUACCUUCAAGAGCUUCUUUAAAAUAAUGGAAUUUCAAGAGAAAUCAUUCUUGCUGAAGCAACGCGUAAAGAGAACAGAAUAUCAAUUGGUCCAAAAAAAAGAAGGCAAGCAAAGGGGAUCAGGAUGGAUGACUACAGUCAUAUUAUUAAUAUAGAAGAAGCAAAAGGACUUUUUGACUCGUUGAAGCACAUUUACAAAGUAGUUCAGAAGUUCUGUUCUUCAGAAACAAGAAGAGUUAAAAAUUUUCAGCCGAUAAAAGAGACAGCAGAGAAUAAAGAACUCAACUCAUGCUCUACAGAGUAUGGGUCCAAUUCAAGAGUCAAUGAAGAUAGUCCAGAUUCAGAUAACUCUACUACUUCUUUAAAAGAAAAACCUUCAGUGGUUGCCACAGAGCACUCCAUAGUAGAGGGCAAUAUUGCAGCUGGAAAUGAAAACUCGAAUAUCUCCUUGAACGAGAGCUGAGUCCUUAAUAUCACUGACACUUCUUGUACUAAUUCAGAUGAGGAAAAUCAUUUUGGAAAAAGGCUAAUGAGAGAAAGGAAAAAGAACAAAAGGAGAAGUCAGUUCUCUGCUUUCGAUGACCGUAAAGAGCCCACUGAUUACGACCUGCUGAAUAAUUUCCUCCUCAGAGCUCAUAAAUACCUCGAGAAGCUUGAUAGUGCAGGAAGAACUUUUAGACAAAUAUUUUCAAUGAAAGAAGAACAUCAAUUUGAAGAAUUUAGGUAUUUCAUUAUGAAUAUGGAGAUUUAUGGAAGUUUCAUACCAAUUGGUGAUAGACUUUUUGAUCCUCAGGUCACUAGAAUUUCAUCAUACCUAAAGAUCUGUAAGAUCAGAAAAGGACUUGAUGCUUUAAUUAAUGAAUUCGAAGAAGUUGAAGGAAAAAUUUUCAAAGAUGUAUGGCUGAAAAUACGAAUGAUCAGUUAUAAUUUCAAUAAAAUAGAGGCUUUCUUAUCAAGAAAGCACAACCAAGCUUCUCAUAAGAAAAUCGAUGGUAAGAAGUCCUUCUUUAUCGACUACGAUAAUGAAAAACUCCCUACUGAAGAAAGGAAAGAGCCUCAAUAUGAUUUUGAGAGUACCUUUGGAGGGACUGUCAAAAACAGCACUUCUGGAUCAGGGUUCUCAGUUGUCAAUGAUGAUGAAGAUGAGUAUCAUUAUGUCAAAACCUUAUUUAAAGACUUCACUGAACCAGAUGUAAUGAGAUCAGGCCACUUAAUUCCUCUAAGCUGAGGGCAUAGUGGAAUAUACUCCAAACAAGAAGCAAGUCUCUUAGAAACUCAUCUUAGACAAUCUGGAUUUAUAUAA